CUGAUGCUGACCGAUGAGGAGAAGGAAGCUCGACAGAAGGAGGAGGAGGAGGAGGAGUGUGAGAGGUGGGGAAGAGAGAGAGAGAAAGAAACGGGGGAUAUUACGGGCAGCAGGAGGACAUCCCGGCACCGAUGAACACUCCCGAGGAACUUCUGACAGCCUGACAGAUUAUUUAGCCCCAGAUUUUUCCGUCCUCGUUGGUUUUUGUGCGCGCCGGCUGCAGGGGAGGAGAUGCGGUGAUAUCAUGCGCACAGCCGGCCGGGGAGAGAGAAAGGGAGACCGAGAGAGAGACGGAGAGGGAGGAAGAGGGAUCGCGGGGAGGAGGAGGAGGAGGAGGAGAGGCGGCUGCCUCCAGGCCAGCUGAGGAUGCUUGUUGUUUCUAGAAACCGUCGCCGGGCCGAGCGCCGCUGAUCCAUCCCGCUCCGUGCGCACCGAGCCGCGGCUGUCCCGACCGAGGGGCGCGUUUCGGCUGUCUGGCCCGGUCUGCCCCGAGGCUGUUUGAUGCUCUCUCUCUCCCCCCUCCACCUCCACCUCCUCUCUUCCUCUAUUUCCUGAUGCAGGGCCGGGGAGGGGGUGAGCCAAAGUGUGCACCGGAUAUUGGAAAACCCAUUCUUCUUGCUGAUGCUGUUGUGAUAAUAGAUGAUUAUCUGGACAACGCCGCAUCUGCACACGGAGGAACAUCCUGACCGAACCAGGCCUGACUUGACAAGAAGAAGAAAAAAAGAGGGGGAAUGUGUGAGCUCUGGAGGAUUAUGAAAACAUUUUUGGACGGGGGUCCCUGAUAUCGAUCUGAGAAUGGAUUCAAUCAGGACUUAGGAUAUUUGAGACUGUGCUCUUACAGAAAUCAAUCUGUGGCAAAUGUAGCCUUCCUGUCCAGGUCUGAAUGAGAUCUUUCUUCGCUGCUCCACUUCUUUUGGGGGCCAGCUGCAUAAGCUAUACAGGAUCAAUCAGCUUUAAACUACUCUUAUUUAUAGCAGGGGUUGAUGUUGUGGACAUCUCCCAGAACUGGCACCGGUGAAACCUCACACAUCCUCUCUUCUCUCUCAUCGUUUUUCUUUUCCUACCUUCCCUGUGAAUGAUGCUGCUUUCUGUGCUGUGGUAAAGAGGAUAAAACUGGAGAAGACUUUUUGAAUUCUAAGCCUUACUGAGUGGAAACUGGGCCGGUUCUCAGUCCGAGCAGCACGGAACCCGAGCGCAUGACAAACAAGUGCAUGGGAGUAGCCUGCAGGGCCCGGCUUUAGAUCACGACCAGUCCUCCUCCUCUCCUCUCCUCUCCUCUCCUCUCCUCUCCUCUCCUCUCCUUUAAGCCGUAUAGCCGCCUGUGAUGUGCGUUAACGCAUUACACACGGACCGGGACCGAGCGCUAUCUUGAUCUGCCUUACACAAGGAAUAGAAUUUCACCUUUGGAAAGGAUGAGCAGCAAGGAGCUCACUGUGGGCCAGUCCAGCCAGUACGUGGGCCCCUACCGGCUGGAGAAGACCCUCGGGAAGGGACAGACAGGACUGGUGAAGUUGGGUGUCCACUGUAUAACGGGGCAGAAGGUGGCCAUAAAGAUCGUCAACAGGGAGAAACUCUCCGAAUCCGUUCUAAUGAAGGUGGAGAGAGAAAUAGCUAUUCUUAAACUAAUAGAACACCCUCAUGUUCUGAAGCUGCAUGAUGUCUAUGAGAAUAACAAAUACCUGUACCUGGUGUUGGAGCAUGUGUCUGGCGGAGAGUUAUUCGACUACCUGGUGAAGAAGGGCAGGCUGAUGCCCAAGGAGGCCAGGAAGUUCUUCAGACAAAUCAUCUCCGCACUCGACUUCUGUCAUAACCACUCCAUAUGUCACAGAGACCUGAAGCCAGAAAAUCUUCUCCUGGAUGAGAAGAAUAACAUCAGGAUAGCAGACUUUGGCAUGGCCUCGCUACAGGUCGGGGACAGUCUGCUGGAAACUAGUUGUGGAUCUCCACAUUAUGCUUGCCCAGAGGUCAUACGAGGAGAGAAGUACGACGGCCGCAGGGCAGAUGUUUGGAGCUGUGGAGUCAUCCUCUUUGCUCUUCUUGUGGGUGCCUUGCCCUUUGACCACGACAACUUGCGGCAGCUGCUGGAGAAAGUGAAGAGCGGAGUUUUUCACAUGCCACACUUUAUACCUCCCGACUGCCAAGCUCUGCUCAAAGGAAUGAUAGAAGUCAACCCCGACAAGAGACUCACGCUAGAAGCAAUACAGAAACACGCCUGGUACCAGAGUGGUCGUAACGAGCCUUGCCCGGAGCAGCCUCCCCCUCGCCGGGUCUGCGUGAAGAGGAUCCUGUCCCUAACGGAUCUGGACCCCGACGUCCUGGAAAGCAUGUACUCUUUAGGGUGCUUCAGAGACCGGGUCAAACUCACACAGGACCUUACAAGUGAGGAGGAGAACCAGGAGAAGAUGAUCUACUACCUCCUGUUGGACAGGAAGGAGCGAUACCCCAGCUGUGAGGACGAGGACCUGCCACCCAGAAAUGACAUUGACCCACCCAGGAAGCGCGUCGACUCCCCGAUGCUGACCCGUCAUGGCCGCUGCCGUCCAGAGAGGAAGAGCUUGGAGGUCAUCAGUGUCACAGAGCAGGGGUCUCCCACCCCACCUCGCAGGGCCCUGGACACCAACGCACACAGCCAGAGGUCUCGCUCAGUCAGCGGAGCGUCCACAGGUCUGUCCUCCAGUCCUCUCAGCAGUCCCAGGAGCCCGGUCUUCACUUUCAGCCAAUCAGAAGUCACCUCCACCUCCGCUUCCUCCACCAAAGACCCCAAACCAGGAAGUGCCACCACCCCUCGGCCUGCCCGCCCGGCGCCCGACCCAAAAACCCAGACCCUGCCCUCUAAGGGCCCCGCUGAGCGGCCCCAGCUCCACUCCAUGAAGUCCCUCCCUCUCCAGACGCCACGCUCGCCCUCCCCUUCCCCCUCCCCCCUCCUCUCCCCCAUCCCACGCUUCUUCAACUUCCCCUCCCCGUUCACCUUCAAGUCAAAGAACGCCCACUCGUCCGCUAACUCCUCUCCCACCCCUCCUCCUGUGUCGCAGGUCACGCCGCAGGGCUCACCGCUGCCCACCCCGCUGGGCACGCCCGUGCACCAAAUCCAACACCCUUCCUCCACCACCCCUCCCUCCUCUUCCUCCUCAUCUUCUUCUUCCAGAGCGGACGGAGCCGGCGGGGCCUCGCUGUCGUUAACCCCGCCCUCCAGCCCGGGCGGCAGCGGCGGCAUGGCGGCGUCGAGCUCCGCCCACUGGAGAACGAGGCUCAACUCGUUCAAGAACAACCUGCUGGGAUCCCCUCGGUUCCACCGGCGCAAACUGCAAGUCCCUACAUCAGAAGACAUGUCCAGUUUGACUCCAGAGUCCAGUCCAGAACUGGCUAAGAGGUCCUGGUUCGGUAACUUCAUCAGCCUGGAGAAAGAGGAGCAAAUCUUCGUUUUGAUAAGAGACAAGCCGCUCAGCUCCAUCAAGGCCGACAUCGUUCACGCCUUCCUUUCUAUCCCAUCCCUCAGCCACAGUGUGGUGUCGCAGAACAGUUUCCGGGCAGAGUACAAGUCCUCCGGUGGCCCCUCUGUCUUCCAGAAGCCUGUCAAGUUCCAAGUGGACAUUGCUUUCUCAGAGGGCGAGAGGGAGCGAGAGAGGGAACGAGCCGAGAGAGAAGGAAGGAGGGAGAUGGGCAUCUACAGCGUGACCUUCACUUUAAUAACAGGUCCCAGUCGCAGAUUUAAGAGAGUCGUAGAAACCAUUCAAGCUCAGCUCCUGAGCACUCACGAUCAGCCUUCUGUGCAGGCACUAGCUGAUGAGAAGAACGGCCAGCUUUCCCGCCAGCCCAGCACUCCGUCGCGUCAGAACUCCCGGCGCUCCGAAAGCGGAUCGGAUCGGGAGCGGCCGGAGAAGGAGAACGCGGCGGACGGGUGCAGCAGUAGCGGGAACAGCAGCGGGACCGUUCUACAAAGACGAGGGUCGGGCAAAGACAAGACCAGACUCCUGUCGUCAUCCAACGGGACGCAGUCUCACCCAUGAAAAGAAUGUCGCGGAAGAGAAGCGAGGGUCGUCCGCCUGGCCUUUUUCUCUUCCUCCCCUCAGUCCUUCCCACAUUCUUUCCUUCCCUGUUUCCUCACUUCCAGCCUUGCUUCAUACUUUUAAUUCCAAUCGACGGGAUGGAAGAGGAGGGGGAAGCUUUGUCCUCGGAGCUGAUCUCGGGAUACGACGGAUAAUUCCCCCAAAAAUGGCUGAUUUUAGCAGAAGCGUAUAUGUGUGGAGGCAGGUAAAGCUGGUCACUAGUCAGGCCUAAAGGGCAGCUUCACCUCAGAAGGAUGAGCCUCAAGAAUAAAACUAGAGGAAAAGCUCACAGCCAGGGAAAGUUCACCCACUCCAGCAGAUCAAGAAAGCACACGACGUUCCCUCCAACCAACCAACCAACCAACCAACCAACCAACCAACCAACCAACCAACCAACCAACCAACCAACCAACCAACCACAUGCAACGACCUCAACAGGAAACCUCCCAUCGAUCAGUCAGAACGGCUCGGGAAGAUGGUGGCCAGUGACGGAAGGCAUCAUGGCAUCUUCAUUUCUCAUUCCUUGACCGGCCAGCUGUCACCUGAAGUCUCCUCAGCAUCAGCAGACGUGAUUGGAAGCCUGCUCUCGGCUCUUCUCGCUUUCUGAUUCAGGACAACUCGAGCAAAUCGACGAAACGAGGACGUCUUGUGAGAAAAGGACGAGAAAUAUUAGAGGAGCCUUGGUUGUUAAAGUGGGUUAUUUAUUGUUGUGCUUUAACAAUCAAAGAGUCUGAGAGCAGAGGAGGAAAUGACGGAGAAUGAAUCUGAUGUUGACAUACGACAAACACAGCUUUUCUUUGAGUGUAUGAGAACCCCCACAGUUCUUUCUGGAUUACAAUGAUAAAGCUAUGAUACCGUAUUGCCUUUAACGGAGGAGUAAAAGUAGAUAGCUAGGUAGAUUUAGCCCCAUUUCUUGGACACUACUCACACCACAGGUAGAUUCCCUCGUCAGUGAAAACCUCCUGCUGGGAGAGAGAGAGGUGAUGGAUAGGAGGUUAAACCGAGGAAAGCCGGCAGCAGGUCUCCAUUUGGUAGCAAAGGAGGGAGAAAAGAAGAACAAGUAGCCUCGUAGGUUCACUUAGAGAUGAAAAUGAAAGUUAGUUUUGUUAAGAGAUGGGUCCGGAGUUUUUCUAGUCUUACUUUUACAACGUUCAUAUGUCAUAUACACAAUGACUUAAUGUUUACUGGAGUUUUUCCUUUUCUAAAUGCUGACUGUGGAGCCACACGUUACAAAAAUGACCCAAAAAAUAACCCAAAAAACAAAUCACUUUAAUCGUCAUUGUACAACGAAAUGGAGUUUGAUGCUCUCAUAUUGAAACAACAGAUAAACACUAAAAAGAAACACAAAACAUGCAGUUAAAGGUGGGCUGCCAAAUGCUCGUUCUUUGUCAGAAUAACACUCAAUAAAUCCCUCUGCUAACACCAGUGGUGCAGCAGGUUUGCCAGACUCGAUGCUCUCUUGAUAAGUAAAUUUUUUCAACAUGAGCAUAUUUAAGACCGCUCUAAAACUUCUUACCAAUAGAAAUUUACAUUUUCAGCCACCUCACAGCACUAGCCUCGGCUUAAUUCGCUUUCUAGUGCUGUUGAUGUCAUCUGCAAGUGGUAACCUCUGGAGCUGAAAAUGCAGAAGCGCCAAAAUCGAUGCAGUUCCUCAAACGUCCACUAGAGGCUGGUUCCAGAAGAGAGUCGAUGUCUGUAGACCUCCAUGUUAAAAUGACCAACUUUACAGCAGAAAUAAACAUAUUUACAGCCUUAUACUAAAUCAGUUUUGGUCUCUGUAGCUAAUUUCUCUGUUCAUGUCAACUGCACAGGAGGUGAAUUAACACGUUAAGCGUGUUCAGUGGCAGUCCGUUGCUCCACAUGUGCUCCUUUUUGCUCACACAUUUCUAUACUUGUUUUUAACAAAUGUAAGAUACCAUAACUGUCAGAAACUCCUCAUAUUUCAGUCUCAAUAACAGCUAGAAGGUUGACAUCCAGCUCCAGCCUGCACACGGCUAUCAGGACAAACACGCAUAUUGAAUUUAUGAAGCUUAGACAGCCUGAGGCUCAUCGUAGCGUAACUUUUGAGUGCAUUCUUUAACUGUUGUCUGCCCUAUUUUUAACGAUGCAGUCAUUUGAGGAAUCACUACAGGUUCAGUAUGGACAGAGCAAGUAGUAACGCUUUUAACCCUCCUGUUGUCCUCAUGUACGGGCAUCAAAAAAUAUUGUUUCCUUGUCUGAAAAAAAUCCAAAAAAAAAAUCCCCAAAUUUCUGAAAAUUUGCAAAACCUUCAGGAAGAAAAUUCCAAUACUUCUUUAAAAAUUUCCCUAUAAAGUUUUUUUUUUUUAAUUUCCCAAAUUGGGCAAGAAAAUUCUUGUAAAUAUUUUCCCAAAAAAAUUAGUAAAAAUCUUCCAAAAAAAAUCCUAAAAAUAUCUAAAGUGAUUACAUAUAUUAGUAAAACGUCUGAUAUUGUCUUUAAGAACAUUCACAAAAAAAUCUACCAAAAUUCAGCAAAAAAAUUCCCCAAAUUUCUGAAAAUUUGCAAAACCUUCAGGAAGAAAAUUCCAAUUAUUCUUUAAAAGUUACCCUUAAAAGUUUUAUUUCUAAAAAAUCUCCCAAAUUCUUGUAAAUAUUUUCAAAAAAUGAGUAAAAAUCAUCAAAAAAAUCCUAAAAAUAUCUAAAGUGAUUACCAGUGAUUAUCAGUAAAACUUAAAAAAUAAAAAAAUAAAAAUCAACCAAAAUCCAGUGAAUUUUGCUGGAUUUUGGUUGAUUUUUUUUUGGGAAUGUUUUUAAAGAAACAUUUUUAACAUUUUUUUUCCACCAAAAAAUGUUCAAAAAAUUCCCCAAAAUGUUGAAAAUGUGGACAUCAGAAGUUUCACGGGUCAAUUUGACCCACAGGACGACACGAGGGUUAAUUUAAACUUCAUAUGGACGUGUGAAUGUUGUACGAAGAACGGCUUGAAAACUCCAAACCUCUCUUUUCACCACGAUGAGAAUCGACAUGAAUGAAAUGACGGUACUUUAACGUGACAGAGGCUGGUCAGACUGAACCACCAGGUGUUCAGCCGCCCAGCCUCAUAAUUAGACAACCGAAACCCUUCAUAUGUUCUGUUUGCUUUGACAAUAGAUAAGAAUGGUGCAGGGCAGCUCUAAAGCCCCAAUAAAAACCAGAGGGAGGAGAGAGCCAGGUAUGUGGAGCUGAACAAAUAAUGUAUGUUUCACGAGAAGCAGAACAAGAAAAGCUGCAAAGAAGGAAAGAAAAAAGGACUCGGGUGUGUCUGCUGUCAUAAAAACUCUGCCUGGGAAGGAAAAAUUAAGCCACAAUUUAAGAAUGAAACCUGCUUGUUUUAUUUUUUACCGUCUGUUCCUUCUUUUUUCUUCUCUGCUCCGGCCUUUAUGUGUUUGUUUUUUUGUUUUUUGUGCAAAGUAAAGGGUGGAGUUACCAUGUGAAUGUCAACAAAUGUUUCUGAAAUUACUGCAAGAGUGUAGACAUAUUUUUGUUCCAUAUAUUUAUUGAGAAAAUGUAUUUAUUUAUUUAUGUAUUUAUUUAUUUAUUCACCGUGUAUUUGUUGAAAGUGUGUUGUUUUUCUGAAAGGAGAAGCAGGAGACGGGUUAACAGACAGGGGAACAGCCGCUUACAAGAUGUCUGCAAAACUGCUUUCCCUGAGAAAAACUGAAGACUAACUCCUCUCCUGUUUUCUUCAACGUUCUGAUAAUCGAUGCUGCAAAAACACCUUCCAGCUUUGUAUUGUGUUUCUCCCGUUUAGUCUGGAUUUUGUUCGUUUGUCGUCACGUUUACUACCGUAGAUGUUCGACUUUUAUGAAGCUAGACCAAAACUUCACACACAGCCAGACAUAAGCUUCACGUGGAGGACUUUUUAAAUUUUAUUUCUUUGCAUUUAACCAGCAGAUACUGAUCGAUGCUGAGGUAUUCACUCUCAGCCGUUUGUUUACUUUGUUUUUCUUUAUUCUUUUUGCCACCUACGGUAAAAGCGAGCAGGAUGUAGAGCUGCUGGAAUGUGACAGAAUUAUUUCAAAGUCAUCUGUGCUUGUAUGUGUGUGUCAGUAUGUAUAAAAAACACACACACAGGCCUUUAAAAUUCAUUUUCUGUUUCAGCCAAGUGAAAUAAUUCCCCACAGAAUGAACCAUAUUUUCAUCUAAAGCCACCAGCAGGUCAAACUGUUCAUCCAGGCUACAUGCACAUGAAUAUGAAUUCUGCUGUGUUUACACCCACUGUCCACUAAUCUGUAGUUUCAGGACCCAUAAAGGCAGAGACUUCUGGAGACACUGCUGACCAAUCACUGAUUUAUGCUCCUAGUUUUUCUGAAGAAAAUACAGAAAUCAGUAAAUUAGAGUAAAUUAGUAAAGCAGCAGGAUUUAUUGUCGAUAAAAAACCAGCAGUUGUUCUUAGCACCCCAAGAAAACUAGAGCUACUGAGCUGUAUACAGAGCUGGUAUAGUCAUUCCUUGAGAAGCAUUUUGCACUUAAUCAUCCAAACAAGCACUAAACAUUCCUAAAUCACUUUCAACGGUCUUGUCGCACAGCUGCACAUGAAAGGAAACUAUUUAUUGGCCUUUUUAGUCAUUUUUAUGCUUCGACAUCCUUGAAUUUGGAUUGAAAUUUAAAUGCAAACUUAAACUUUUUCAUAAUAUCUUGUCUGAUGAGGAUUUGGCUUGGUUUUGGAAUAGCUUUUGAAGGAUUUUGGGAAAGUUUUCGUAGGAUUUUCAGUCUGCGCUGGGUUUCAACCUUACAUUUACUGUUGAUGUCUGAUUAUUUCCUUGUUUCUGCCGUAGUCCGAGGCUUUCUCUUCCCAUCCCGGUGCUCUCAGUGGACACCUGUAGGAGAAUCCAGCAGGGAGAUGCACACUUCUGAAAGGUCAGGGAGGUUUAACGUUACACACACUCACGAAAAGAGAGGAUCUUUUUUUAAACACAAGGUCAGAUUCACCCCUUUACAUCCACACUUAGAAAGAAGCUAGAUAAAGGAUAGAGAUGAGGAAGACGGCUUCUCCACAACGGGACGCUCGGCUAGUUUACGCAACACUUCUCCCAUUGAAAGAAAUCUCUCCCCUCCCUUCCUCAUCCCUCCUUUACCCCUAUUCACCCUUUCACUCCACAUUUUCUACACCCCCCUCCCAUUCCUCCUCUUUGUAUUUCUUGAAUCCACGCCCAUCCUCGUCCCCGAUGCACAUAUGUCUCCCCCUUAUAUAAUCACCCCUCUUGUACACAUUUUAUACACUGUAUACUUUGACGCAGAUGCUGUGUACGUUUGUAUACGCUGUGCCUGUCUCUGUCUCCAUUGUAUGCCAUUCAUAUCUAUGUAGCGUUCACUAUGUUUUAUCGACACUGUAGUCACCAUACAACUCUUCCUCUCAUCAUUAUUGCUCAUUCUUCUUCCUCUUCUUCUGCAGUUAGAAUCGUACAACUAUAAUCUCAUGUCUCAUGUCUACCGCCCGUCUUCCCCUCCAUCCGACCACACAAGCCCCGCCCCCAUCUUAUGACCCUCCACUCCACACAGUCGAAGAAAGGGUUUGAACUCUGGAAAAAAACAGCAAAAAAAAACAACAACAAAAGAAAGAAAUGGAGGGAGGAGGAGGUGCGUAGGGGAGGGUGGGUCGAGAAAACUGCUCACACGAUUAAUGAUGAUGACGACGACGAAGAGAAAUGUCUGUAGUAUAAUUACAAAAAAGGAAAAGUGCACUAUUAUGACAAUGAUUAUUAUUGCCUGUGAGAAAUACUGACCAAUAAACAACAAUGGAAAUAUA